AGUAAGCGAGCUACAAGCGACCGGAGGAAAGUGGACGGGGAAGAAGGGAACAGCAGGAACAGGACUCCAGAGCGAAAGACACUCGCUGGAGAGGGAGACGCAGGAAGCGAUGAAAGAGAUGUCUGCAAACACCGUGCUGGACAGCCAGCGUCAACAGAAGCAUUAUGGAAUUACCUCUCCAAUUAGUUUGGCAUGUCCUAAAGAAAUUGAUCAUAUUUAUACACAGAAAUUAAUUGAUGCCAUGAAACCAUUUGGAGUGUUUGAAGACGAGGAAGAAUUGAACCAUAGGCUGGUUGUUCUUGGUAAAUUGAACAAUUUAGUAAAAGAAUGGAUUUCUGAUGUCAGUGAGAGUAAGAAUCUCCCACCUUCUGUUGUGGCUACCGUUGGUGGUAAAAUUUUCACAUUUGGAUCCUACAGGCUUGGAGUACACACCAAAGGAGCUGACAUUGAUGCACUUUGUGUAGCUCCAAGACACGUGGAAAGGUCUGAUUUUUUUCAGUCUUUUUUUGAGAAAUUGAAACAUCAAGAUGGCAUUAGAAACUUAAGAGCUGUUGAAGAUGCUUUUGUACCUGUUAUAAAAUUUGAAUUUGAUGGUAUCGAAAUUGAUCUAGUCUUUGCAAGACUGGCAAUACAAACCAUAUCAGAUAAUUUAGAUCUAAGAGAUGACUCUCGCCUAAGAAGCCUUGAUAUAAGGUGUAUUCGCAGCUUGAAUGGAUGUAGAGUUACUGAUGAAAUUUUACAUUUAGUGCCAAAUAAAGAAACUUUUAGACUCACCCUAAGAGCUGUCAAAUUAUGGGCAAAACGUAAGUACCUCAAGUCUUCUAUGGAAUGGCCAAAUCCAGUGCUGCUGAAGCAACCAGAAGAAAGCAAUUUGAAUUUGCCUGUCUGGGAUCCUCGGGUAAAUCCAUCAGAUAGGUAUCAUCUCAUGCCCAUAAUCACCCCUGCCUACCCACAACAGAAUUCUACGUAUAAUGUGUCCACCUCAACUCGAACAGUAAUGGUAGAAGAAUUUAAACAAGGUCUCGCAGUCACAGAUGAAAUUCUUCAAGGGAAAUCAGAUUGGUCCAAACUACUUGAGCCACCAAAUUUCUUUCAGAAGUAUAGACAUUAUAUAGUAUUGACUGCCAGUGCAUCAACAGAAGAAAACCAUCUAGAGUGGGUUGGAUUAGUAGAAUCUAAAAUUCGUGUACUUGUUGGAAACUUGGAGCGGAAUGAAUUUAUUACUCUUGCCCAUGUGAAUCCCCAGUCAUUUCCAGGAAAUAAGGAACAUCAUAAAGACAACAAUUACGUAUCAAUGUGGUUCCUCGGAAUAAUUUUUCGGAGAGUAGAAAAUGCAGAAAGUGUUAACAUAGACUUGACAUAUGAUAUACAGUCAUUUACUGAUACAGUGUACAGACAGGCAAACAAUAUAAACAUGCUAAAGGAGGGAAUGAAAAUUGAAGCAACUCAUGUAAAGAAAAAACAACUUCAUCAUUACCUUCCAGCAGAGAUUCUUCAAAAAAAGAAAAAGCAAAGUCUCUAUGAUAUCAAUCGAAGUUCAGGUGGACUUCAAUCCAAAAGAUCAUCUCUGGAUAGCAAUUGUCUGGAUAGCUCCAGAGACACUGAUAAUGGGACACCUUUUAAUUCUCCAGUGUCUACAAACAAACCUUCCAAGUCUGAUAGUCCUCCUGCAGGAGAAACGGAAAGGAAUAGUGCUGAGCCUGCUGCUGUAAUUGUAGAGAAGCCACUGAGUGUCCCACCAGCUCAAGGACUAUCUAUUCCAGUCAUUGGUGCAAAAGUUGACUCUACAGUAAAAGCUGUAUCGCCCCCAGCUGUGUGCACCAUUCCUACUGUAGUAGGACGAAAUGUCAUUCCUAGAAUCACAACACCCCACAACCCUGCCCAGGGACAGCAUCUAAAUGGAAUGUCAAAUAUUACUAAGAACAUUACCACCAAGAGAUCCCAUUCCCCAUCCAUAGAUGGGACUUCUAAGAGGUUGAAAGACAUAGAAAAGUUCAUUCGACUUGAAUCAACAUUUAAGGACUCCCGUGCUGCUGAAGAGAGAAAAAGAAAACCAGUGGAUGCCAUUGGAGGAGAAUCUAUGCCUAUUCCAACUAUUGAUACAUCACGCAAAAAGAGACUACCCAGUAAAGAACUACCAGACUCAUCAUCUCCAGUUCCAGCAAAUAACAUCCGUGUCAUCAAAAAUUCCAUUCGACUGACCCUUAAUCGGUAAAAGCAGUGCCUCCUCACUUAAGUGAACAUACAAUCAUGUAGUGGCAUAGAUGCAGCCGCUCUUAUUAAAAUAGAAGUGGCUGUCAUACAUAAAAUAAGGUGAAAGUUACAGUCAUCAGCCUAGCAACCUUGAAGUGGUUUUUCAACUCUCACACUUUGACCUGCAGAUGCUGUAGCAUUCUGUCACUGAUUGCUACAUAUACUUCUCUGAGGAUCACCUGCUAUCAAAUUGUCAUCUACAAUAUUAUGGUUUUGCAUUUGGGGGUUUUACUGCCUUAACUUUUGAUGCUUGUUUCUCUGUUAUGGGAACCAGUUCUUGGCCACCUGGACACUGAUAAAACAAGUCCUGAACUCCUUUUUUUUUUUUUAAAGUCUCAUGUUGUAAUCAUUGUAUAGAGCUGAAAAAGUUGAAAAAAAAAAAUUGUCUUGUAAUUUUCCAAGUGUUAACACAUUUACUUCAGCAUUGAAGCCACUUUGUGAAACCUGAGAUAAAUGAAUGUGAGGUAUCUUUUCUGCUUUCCUCAUUUGUGUAGAUGUACUGUCCUGUUGAUUUAAAUUAUUUUUUCCAGAUUGGCACAUGGAAUAUUUAAACUUUUAUUUUUUGUGUGCCUUUCUGUCAAAAUGUUGCAUAAUUACCAGGGAGGAUUAGUCCAGUGAUUACAUAAGAAUUGGGCACCAUAAAUUCUCUAUAUUUUGCCUCCCAUGGAGGCCUUAGAAAUGCAUCUUUAUUAAAAAUUAAAAUAUAACCAGGAUACUGAAAGUCAGUAUAUGAAUGGUAAAAUUGUUACAUAUCCUAUCUCAUGUCAUUCUUGUUAGUUGAUUGAUAUUUUUUACUGAGGAGCAACUCAUUUCAGCAUCAACAAUAAGAUACCUUUAAGUAUGGCAAACUUGUAUUUUUGAGAUGUAAAAUUAACUCAGCAUGAUAAUUCCUGACCAUUACUUACCCCACAACUUCAAACAGUUUCUUCACGGACUAGGCAUGCAGAAAUAAGCAGUGGAUUUUAUUGAGACCUAAAGGCAUUUUUGAAUGACAUUGUUACCAUUAAUUGGCUCAGGACCUUUGUAAUUUUUAUUUAACUAUAUGAGUUGUCUUUUUUUACACUGCUUUUUUCAAUGCAUUUCUUAAUAUUUUUUUAAGUUUCAUGAAUGCAUGCUCAGUUUAUUAAAAUCCAUAACCAUGUAAUUCUUGUAAUAUGUUGAUUCAGUGUUUUGUAAAUGAAGUCGUAUGUAUUUUCAGAGUAUUUUUGUAUGUACUGUAAGAUACCAUCUUUUCAAAGAGAAACCUUUAAAACCUUUACUGUCUGUCUUUAGUCUAAUUUUUUAAAUAUGGAUUAUGCUUGAAUUAUUAUAUUUAAAAUGAAAAUGUAUGGAUUGCACAGCCUGGAAUGCCAGUAGAUAUUACCUUCUUCAGCUCUCACUUAACAUUAGUAUUUCCAGUAGGAAAAACACAAAAUGCUACACUUAAUAAUGCAGGGGAAAUACCCACCAUCUAGCCAGGAGAGAAAUAGCAGUUCAUUCUCUCUUGCAAACCCUUUACUGUUGAGUUGAAGUUCUUGAAUUCCAGUUGUCAGCAGUAUCUUUCCCUCUCCCACUCUUGUUCUCUGACCUCUAUGUCUCUGAAAUGCAUAUUCUAGUGUUUAACUUGUACAAAGGAAAAUACGAAAGAAACUUCUCAGAAGUAAAAAAGAGCAAGAAAAAGCGAUUGUUCCAUUAUUCACUUUUUACAUAGCUGCGAAAGACAAGAGUAAAAUCCCAUAACCAAAUUGUAGCUUCUUUGGCGAAGCCAUUCACUUAGCUGACCCUUUUCCUUUAUUCAAAUAUUUUGGGAUUUGUUCUACAAAUAUUCUAUUUUAGCAGAACUGAAUGAUUAUGAAAGGACUGAAUAAUUGUCACCUGACUUCAAACUGAAAAAUUCUUUAGUAAGGGAUUUGAUUAAAUUUUAUAUGCUUGAUGUGUGUGCAUUUCUGUAUUUAAUAUCCCCUGCUUUUAAAUCAGCCUUCAAAGUCUCUUUAAGAAUUCCUAUACAUCCAUGUUUACCCUAUUAUGUUAACAGAUUCUUUGGAGUGACUAGUGAGUUUUACUUUAGCAAGAAAGCAACAAGCCUAAUAUUUGUACUGUAGUAUAGUUAUUUCUUUUGUAUUGAGUCCAUUCAACAUGGUUGAUGGCUGAACAUUAGAAUCCUCAAAGAUAGCAUUCUUCAAUUGGUAAUUAAGGAGUUGAUUAGAUGCUUUUGAGGUGAGGGGUUUGGUCAGAAAUGAAGUGUUUUCUAUCCUGACCAGUAGGUAAAACUUUCAGUAAGUACAUUUUGUUACCAUAGUAGGAGGCCUCCAUUGUACUGGUUCCAAGUAAGUAAAAGGAGAAGGUAUAGCCCAGGAUUGUAUGUUAUGUUCAGACACACUAAGUACACGUGUUUGUUUUCAAGUGUGAAACUACACCUAGAAAUUUAUUUUAUAAAGUCAAAUAGCCUAUUCCUCAAUAUAUAGACACAUGUUCGUUUUUACAAGGUUAUUAAAUUUUAAUCUGCUCAUUUUUUAGUGACUAGCUAUGGAAAAUAACUAUUUUCCUUUGAUAUAUACUAUCUGCUAAUUUAAACCUUAGGGACUUAACCCAAUUUGAGAUAGAAGGUACAUGGCUCAAAACCUUGUAAAAUUGAAGCAGGAGAAUGAAUUUUAAAAGUCUACGUUGGUCCUUAAAAUAAGAGUAACUUUGUCUUAAGGCAGCAAUUUAGUAGCAUUAUUAAAAGGCUUACUUAAGUAGCAAUUAAGUGAAGAUGGGCAAUGUCAAAAUGGGCUGAACGUAUUUUACACUGUGUCCCACAGCUUUGAAAUAGAAAUUCCUAACUUGGGGAUUGUGAACCCUUAGGGAAUUUGUAAUUGUAUAUAAGAAGUUUUUGCUUAUAUGCAUUUUUCUGGGUGGAAGUUCAUAGCUUUCAUCAGCUUCUGAAUGCGGUUUAUGACCCAAAAAAGAUGGAUGGGGGUUAGGAACCACCAGGAUUGAAUAAUUCUGGAAUAUUUAGAAUUUCCUCCAUUUGAUUUUGCUGGCUCUUAACUAGUAAAAUGGCCUGAUGGAGGACUCUGGAACACUGAAUUUCUAAGUUUCUUUACAUAAGAGGAAGCAUCAUAACAUCGUUGGCAUGUAAAAAAUGCUUACUAUCAGAUUUACAAAUAUCCUCAUGUUAAUUUAGAUUCAUUAACAGGGUCAAACUUCAGUUCAACAAAUUUCAACGUAAGAUUGAUCAGAGUACAAUAGCUUAGAAUGAUAAUUAGAGAUAGUUGAAAAUAGAAUAAAUCAUUAAAGAUUGUAACCCAUUGAGUUCAGGCCAGAACAGACUGUAUAAACCAAUAAAUAGGAGACCUCUAGUUAAAUAUUUUUUCUAUAAAUAAAAUUGUGUGUGUGUUUAAAUAAACUACCCAUUAAAUUGUCCAAAGCUUAGAAUUUAAGUUGGUCAUGAUGAUAGUUACAAAUAGUGCAGAUGAUGGAAGAAAACCAUUCUCGAUAAUGGUAACUAUUUCCCUAGGAUUUUUAAAAAGAAUUGUACAAGGUCACAUCCUUCUCAAAUUCCUUAUUUUUUCUGAAAUAAUUUUAUAUUUGAAAUUAGUUGAACAUAAGAUUAUCAUAAUCAAGCUUGCUAUAAUUUUUAAGCUAUUGCUGCAUUUUAGCAAAGACCCACAUAAUUUCCUUAUAAAGUACUUAGGAUAUCUUUGAGGUAAAUGGUGCUACAUCACUCCACAGUAUUAUGUAAAAAUGAAUGCAGCUGCUGUUCCUUUUAGAUAGCUGUUUGUGUAGUUCAUAUUUUUCCUGCCUUUUAUUUGGAUUGUCUUAUUUCUUAGUUGUACAUAUGAGCCUCAUUAUUUGUCUGGAAUAAGUAAUCAAAUAAACUUGCUUUGAUAAAUA